AUGCCUGGAAGAGUCGCGAGCGGCGCUGCGGCACGUACAAGUCGACGUACCACUCGGACUGCAUCACCAACACCUUCUAUCCCGGAUGAAGGGGAGUCCUCCUCUCUACGACGCGCUGUUUGCGCAACAUUCGCAGACGCGCAAAGAUCGACUGCUGCACAUCGCAAGGCCAUCAUAUCACUCCGCAAAGUGCAGGAAGCAUGUUGUUACGAGCCGGUCAGCAACAAGAAAAGCAAGCAGACGGAGGACUUCGAUGAGGAGGACUUCAACCGCGAAGUGGUGCGAUGCGUGCUGCGAGUCUUGCCAGUGAAGAAGGCAGAAGGCGUCGGCGAUCGCGCGGUACGAUUUUUGGGAACAUUUCUCAAUGUUGCGAGUGGAAAGGACAACGAGAUUGUGGGCCAGGGAGAUCCGGAUGAUACUGUACUGCCGGAAACGCCUACCAGCCGUUUAACGACACAGAUCUUGACGACUUUGCUACCACUGUUGCAGGCGAAGGAUAAGGCGAUUCGAUAUCGCACUACGCAAAUUACGAGCCAUGUCAUCAACAGCUUGGAUACUCUGGACGAUGGACUGUUUCACCAGCUGAGAUUGGCACUGUUAAAGAGGAUCCACGACAAAGAGGCGACCGUCAGACUACAGGCUGUGUAUGGAUUGGGUAGAUUGGCAGCGGAAGUGGAGGACAACGAAGAGAAGGACGAUUCGGACUCCGAAGACGACGCAGCUGCGGGUGUUCUUGGAAAGCUGUUGAACGUGCUGCAGAACGAUCCAUCUGCUGAAGUACGACGAAACCUGCUGUUGAACCUGCCUCUCACGAAGGAAGUUCUGCCGUAUCUCCUGGAACGUGCUCGAGAUGCAGAUGCGACAACAAGGAGGGCUCUCUACGCUCGUCUGCUUCCCGCUCUAGGUGACUUCCGACAUCUGAGUUUGACGCACCGAGAAAAGCUACUCCGUUGGGGCCUGCGAGAUCGUGAUGAUAAAGUGCGCGAUGCAACAGCGAAGCUCUUUCGAGACCGGUGGAUUGAGGACUGCGCGGCACUACCAGCUGCUCAGGCAGAGCAGGAAGAUGGCGCAGCUCCGAAACCUGCCGAUCAGGCUGCUCCACCUUCCUUGGAUGCACUGUUGGAGUUGCUCGAGCGUAUCGAUGUGGUCAACAGUGGCGGUGAGGGCGGCAUUGCUCUGAUUGCGAUGAAAGAGUUCUGGCAUGGACGACCGGACUACCUCGAGUAUGUCUCUUUCCCCGAAAGCUUCUGGGAUGACCUCUCGCCGGAACUCGCAUUCGUCGCCCGCACGUUCAACGACUACUGUCGCUCCGAGGGAAAGACUGGUGGCUACACUGGCCCACUUUCGUUGGAAACAAUGGUCGAGGAGAAGCUCCCUGAAGUCACUAGAUUUGGCUUCUUGCUCGAGCGCGAGAUCAAACGUCUGAUCGAGACCACGAUCAACACAUUCUCCGAAGAGGAAGACUUGGAUGACGAGGAGCUUGCCCACCGCGAAUUUGUGGUCGAGCAAAUGCUGCACACCGCCAUUACAUUCGACUAUAGCGAUGAGGUCGGCCGACGCAAGAUGUUUGGCCUGAUGCGCGAGUCUCUCGCUCUUCCUGAUUUGCCAGAAGAAGUCACGAGACUCGUCGUUGAGGUCCUGCGACUUGUCUGCGGUGAGGAUGCCAAGGGUGAGCGAGAAUUCUGCGGUGUUGUCCUUGAGGCCAUUGCCGAAGUUCAUGAUACCAUCAUGGGCGAAGGUGACGACGCGGACAGCACCAGCGAGAGUUUCCACUCCGCAACGUCCAACUUCGACGGCGAAGAUGACGACACUAUCAUAGUCGAGCAGAAGAAGGCAAAGAAGGCUGCCAAGGGUGAGUCGAAUCCUGAAGCUGAGAACGAAAAGGCCGUGCGGGAGAUCAUGGUCAACAUGAAGUGUCUUCACAUUGCGCUGUGCAUGUUACAAAAUGUGCAGUGCGAUCUGGAAGAGAACGUGCACUUGGUCACCAUGCUGAACAACUUGGUCGUGCCGGCUGUUCGCAGCCAGGAGGCACCCAUUCGUGAGCGUGGACUGAUGUGCCUGGGACUUUGCUGUCUGCUCGGAAAGAAUCUCGCCGACGAGAAUCUGACCCUCUUCAUCCACUGCUUCUCCAAGGGUCAUCCAGCUCUACAAACCAUCUGCCUGCAGAUCAUCACAGACAUCCUCGUCACCCACCCAACACUCCUCAAACCUUCACCCACUACACCAUCCGAAGACUCUCCUCACCUCCGACCCGUUCUUAAAGCCUACACCAAAUCCCUCAAAUCACCCAACGCCUCGGUCUCCUCCACUGGCGCCUUAGCUCUCAGCAAGACUUUCCUCUCCCACCUACUCACCGACUCCGACCUCCUCAAGCAACUCGUACUCGCUUACUUCGACGCUGAGUCCGCCGCCAAUCCUCAUUUGAGACAGACACUCGCGUACUUCCUACCGGUCUACUGCCAUUCUCGUGCGGAGAACGCCGAACGCAUGGCAGAGAUUGCUACAGCUGUCGUGGCCAAGUGUGUUACGCUGCGGGAAGCGCUGCUAGACGACGCAGAGGUUGAGGCGGAAGGUGAUGGCGCCGAUGGCAUGGUCAAAGUGGGAGUUGUGGGAAGCAUGCUUUGUGACUGGACGGAUCCUCGCAAGAUUCUCGGCGCCAACGGCCAGGUCUCCGAAGGCGGGUCGGCGGGAGGUCGCACGCACUAUGCCCUCGCGGAGUCCAUUCUCGAACGUCUUGUCACUACCAACGUGACGAAGGAAGAGCGCAAAGUGCUGUUUGCAAUGCUGGGACGGCUUUACUUCCCUCCUGGCGCGUGUGCUGCGGAGAGCCUUAAGACGCUGCUGGAGCUGGCGACCGAGGCGGUCGAUGGAAGAGUUGCACCGGACGCGGUGUCGAGGAACGUGUUGACGAAAUUGCAAAAUGGAUGGUUGAAGCUUAUCGGCGACGUGAUGACCGCUGAACGAGGCGGCGGAGGUGCUGAAGAGACGAUGGUCGCACUGAGCAGCGGCGAGGAUGAGGAGGAUGUCACAGAGGUGGGCGACGCUACUACUGUGACAGUCGCGGCAACUGAAGCGGAGGAUGAGGACGAUACGUCGCAGGUCGAUGUUGACGAGCAGUUGCAGAGGGAGAUGAGGGAUACGACGAUUGGUGGUGCGACGAUGACGAAUACGACCGGGUUUGGAUUGACUGGAAUACCGGAUGCAGAGGGCACAAGGAUUGAGGAGGCGGAUGGAGAGGAGUAUACUGAGGUUGAAGACUCAGAGAUGAUGGAUGUUGACGGUUGA